UCGUAUAAAUAACAACAAGCGACACUCGGGCUAGCAUGUGGAGCAGGGACCUGUUAGAGAAGUAGCUCGUCUUCACCGAUAUUUUUAAGGCAACAGCAUUGCAGGUACAAGCAGCAGCAUGUCGGUGGACAGCGUGUUUAGGACCCGCUCUCUCGGUGUGGCCGCCGAGGGUCUUCCCGAUCAGUAUGCCGACGGCAAAGCAGCGAAGGUCUGGGAGCUGUACAUCGGAGACACGCAGAGUAGGACGCAGGAAUACAAAAGCUGGGUGCUGUCUUUGCUCAGAGAGCAAGGGGUGAAGAAAGUGCUAGAUGUAGCCUGCGGAACAGGAGUUGACUCCAUUAUGCUGGUGGAGGAGGGGUUUAAUAUGGUGAGUGUGGACGCCAGCGACAAAAUGCUCAAAUAUGCACUGAAAUCAAGAUGGGAGAGGAGAAAAGAACCAGCAUUUGACCAGUGGGUGAUUGAAGAGGCCAACUGGUUGACGCUAUCAGACGAUAUUCAGAAACCAGGGGCUGGAUUUGAUGCUGUUAUCUGCCUUGGCAACUCAUUUGCCCAUUUACCAGACUUUAAAGGGGACCAGAGUGACCAAAAGUUGGCCCUUCAGAACAUUGCCAGUAUGGUCAGACCGGGUGGCAUCCUCAUUAUUGACCACCGUAAUUACGACUACAUCCUGGAGACCGGCCGGGCGCCACAAGGCAAAAAUAUCUACUAUAAGAGUGAUCUAACUCAGGACAUCUCCACCUCAGUGCUGUGGGUCAACAGCAAGCCCCAUAUGAUCACUCUGGACUACACCAUCCAUGUGCCCCAAGCCGCCAUCCACAAUCUUCCUGAGGUCAGUAAAUUCCGUCUGUCCUACUACCCUCAUCGUCUGGAGAAUUUCAAAGCUUUGCUGAACGAGGCCUUCAACGGCAAAUUGGAGCACAGCGUCUACGGAGAUUUCAACACCUAUGUCCCCGGCCAGACCAAAGCCCCGUGCUACUUCAUCCACGUCUGUAAGAAGACAGCCUGAGAGCCCUACCCACCUACUUACUACACACACAUUGCUAGGAAAACAAUAGCUCUUUGUCCUGUUUAAGUCCCAACAUGCUCCUCCAGAUAUGGGCAAAAUUAUCUCUAUCUGAAACAUGUUUUCAAAAUAUUUCAUCUUAGAUUUCUUGUAAAGGAAGUAACCCUCUUUUUUUAGGAAUGCUGGAAAGUACACAAAACUUUUUAGAUUUAGAUUCACUUUAUCAAAUGAUGAUCACAUGAGCACUAAAGUCACCCCGUUAGUGUUAAUACAUGAGCAUACAGGGUGGCAAUGCCAGUUGAUAGGUGGCAUUAUUAUGAACAUUUUGUCAUUUUUUUUAUGGCCUGGAAAGUUGAAAUUCAUACAAUUUACGUCAUUUUCUCUGAUCAUUUUAAGAUUAUGUAUGCUAUAAAAGCAACAGAGUCACUCUUACUUCACUAGGAACAAUUGGUUGACACUGAUCUGGACUUAAAAAACAGUGUGUUCCUUAAAUUCCCAAAUAGUAACAGUCUUAAACGGUCAAACUGAGUUUGAAAAAUAUAUUCCAAAUGUGCUGGACCACUGUUUAGCCCACAUCUGGUAUCUUCACAAUGUGCCGUGUGUUGUUUUUGUAUUUUCCUUGUCUCUGCUUCCCACCUCUCUGAACUUCGAUAUCCAAAAUCAACAAUCAAAUGGUGCUGCACAUUAGUGUUGUUGUUCAUGAUGGAAUACUUGACAUUAAUAACCAGUAGAGUGCUAAGAUAUAUAUCAUAUAUAAGUUUACCACAAGAGUCUUAAAAACACAGAUGAAGCAUCCGUGUUUUGUGAAUACGGUCACGGUUCUUUUCUUUGUAUCUUUGAGCUGAAAAAGGAGAAAAACAGCUGAUCUAAUUUCUUUGAGUUCAGGCACAGCAUGGUGGCAGUUUGAAUAUUUCAAUUCAUUAGCCUUAUUUUUAUGCGAGCCCCCACAUAUCUAACUUCAUUUUGUUCGAUUAUCUUGCACAGUCACUGGCAUCACUUAAACCAGACCUGAGAACAGGUAGUGAAGAUUGUGAAUCACGGUGACGACCUUAACAGGUCUAGUUAACCUGUUUGGAGCAGCGUACUGACUGUCAGUCCAGUCAAGGUUCCUCCACCCUGAAGUGCCCUUGACUAUCAUAAGCUCCAGAACAGAAUGACCUCUGAAAAACAAAUCAAGAGAUUUUACACUUGAGAAUGUCUCAAGGCUUUUUUUGUGUUUUUCUUUAACUGAUAUCAAGUUUUUCUUAUUUUGUAGUAGAAUUAAUUUUGUUCUUUACUGGAGCCAAAAACAGCCUUUACAUUUGUACUAGUAAUUACCCGCUAACGAACCUGCAACAGGGGUCGAGUGUCAGCCAUUAAAGGUGACAAUAAAAAGUCCCAUUAAAGAUUAAUCCCAAACGACUAACCCGUGACUCUAAGCUUUUAAACACUUUAUAAAAUUGUAUCAACCAAAGAUUAUUAAACAAGUUUUUUUUAUUUGCUAAAUUUCUUUGCCAAAAGCGGGAAAAACUUGAAUGCUAUCAAUUAUGCUGCACAGUCCAUGUCUCAAACAAUGAAGUUUAGCCAAACAACGAGAGGAACAUGGUGUAACAAUCAUUUAUUUUGACGUAUUAUCCAGGGUCAAAAUUGUUUUGCUUUGAUACCAAAUGAGAAAGGAGCUCUACCGGAGAGAAAUCAAAUAUUAUUGCUACCGCUGCUGUUUGCCGAAGCAGGACCGCAUGGAGCAUUCAGACGUUGUGCCAGUGCCUCAUGUAGAACAAAAUGUACGGUACACAUUAGUUUGUGAUCAGCAAUAGGUUCAGAAUGUGGUAAGAAUGGCUGUAUGUUUGAGUGGGUUUGAAAGUUUAUGUAGAUAUAAAACUAUUUUAGAAAAGUCUUAUGUUGCCAAUUCUUAACAAAAAAAAGUGUCAAAUUUUUUCAUAACAUGACAAUGAUUACUGGAUAACUGGAUUCUUUUGCAUGAAAUAAAAAACAUAUUUGAAAUAGCUAA